AUGGCGGUGGACUCGUCAAUAUCCGUGAUGGAUUCUCUGUUGGAGAAGCUGAAGCUCGAUGAUCCGUGGGUCCCACCCAGAUCUUGGGACUCCCUCCCUUACCAGUCCGGCGCUCCCUCUCGGCCGCCAUCUCAAUCUUCGCCGCCUUCCUACGCUACUUCAACUGUCUCUGAGCCCAGUUUGGUGAGAUUGGCAAUGAAUGCUCUCCAAGGUGUGGAAUCAGCUUUGACAUCCAUUGAAAAACUCUCAUCAGUACUUCGUUAUAGUUCUGCAGACAGAACUUCUCAUCGGAUUCCCAAUUUCUGGACCCGUUGUUCAAGUAAUGUUAUUGUAGGAAAUGUGCUUACUUCCAUUGGCCAGUGUGGUUGCAUAAUAUUCCUCCUCCGCAGAUUUGUCAGUUACUUCACAAAUCCAGAUUUCAUUGGACCAAGAGAGCUCGAGGAAACCGUAAAAAGUGAUUCCCGUGACGGGCAGUGCACCCCACCACAUUUCAGUUUGAUCAAUCAGGCAUUUGCCAUUUCUGUUGGAAAAGUCAUUGAUGGUUAUGCAUCUGCUCUGAAUACAUUGUCUGAAUCUGUUAGCCUAAGACGUUGCUUGAAGGCUAACAGUGGAGGCUGUUUUACUAGUAUUGGGGAUUCAGAAGUUACACUGUUGGAGGUUUACCUUCACACCAUGGGAUUGAGGACUCAAAUUGAAACCCUUGGAAAUUUAUGCAAUGUUAACCAUCUCACUGAGGACUUUCCUGAGUGUUCUUUAGAAGACUUGAGGACUAAAGCAGACUCAGAGUUCAUUGUCUUCCCAAGAAGUGGUGCUUUGCUCUCUUUCUUAUAUGCUCAGCUAAAGGUUGCUGAUCCUGCCCAUUCCGUGCUCCUCAAGUUCCUCUUUCUCAAGUGCUAUGAACCAUAUUCUGAUUUUAUUAGGUCAUGGAUCUAUGAUGGUGUAUUUAGUGACCCUCACCAUGAAUUUGCUGUGGAAUGUGUCAGCAAUAUUUCUAUUCAUGCAUUGGGUGACCCUGGAAUACCUUCUGGUUCUCCUUUGCCAAUUAUUCGGGUACGGUUUGGAGCUGCUGUGCCUUUCUUUCUUGAAGAGUGCCUAGUUCCACUUUGUAGAACUGGUCAACAGCUUCAAGUGAUAAUGAAAUUGCUUGAGUUUUCCAGUAAUGUUGGUGCAUGUGAUACUCAUCAGGAAAUCCUCCCAACUUUGGUUGGUUUGUCCAGUGAAUAUCCAUGGUUUGCAUUUCCACUCUCAUUUGAGAAAGGAACUAUUGAAACUAUGGUAAUUGCCAGAGACCGUUAUUACCAGAAAAUGCUGGAAUAUAUUGAAAACAUAUUAGUGAAGUUGGAUUUUGGUUUUCAACAGGCUGCGCCAGGUGUUGCAUUGAGACUUUCUAACAAUCUCAGCCGCCAAGUAUCUUUUGUUGAGAAUGAAAACUUGAGUCCACUACCAAGUGUUAGAAGAGAUCCUAAUGUGCCUGAGGAUAUAAUGGGUUCUGAGAUGUCAAGCAUCAUGGAUGAGUCUCCUGCUGAAGAUCUCUUGGAGUCAUCUGAACACUCAUCCUCGGAAAGCUCCGAGGAGGCAGAUGAAGCUGAAGAGGUGCUCUCAAUGUCUCCGUAUCCGGUGCCUAGUUAUUUAUCUGCAUUGGAUUUUUCGUUGAGUUUGUCUGCUGACAAAAAAAUGCAAAAUUUCGACCAAAGUGAUAUCUCAUGCUCUAUGAAAGAUCUACCGUUCAAAAGAAACAGUAGAUCUGGUUACGCUGCAUAUCAUUCCUACAAACAAGCAUGCCUGGGGUCUAAUGAGCAAAAACUCUUUCUAGCUCUUGACAACCAGGUUUCGAGUACUGUUGAUGAUCUAUAUUCAUACGAUUACCACACCAAUCAGGGAAAAUAUGGUACAUGGUCACUUGUACCUGAUAAGGGAUUGGAGCUGAACAUGGAUUAUGGAUUGCUAAAAUGUGACUCGAAUGGCCCUGAAAAUGCCUCCAACGCCUGUGUCGGCAGUGCUGAUCAGCAUCAUUGUCUAACACGCGCUUCCCUGAGAACAUUUGACUUGCAUUUUUCCUAUCUGAAAUACGAUUCUACAUAUUUCAGUGCAAACCCAACACUAAAUAGAGGUUCUUUUGGUAUUCCGCGAACUAUACUUGGAGAAAGUGGCCAUGCAAGUUUUAUGAACUCUCACUUUGACUUCACUUCUGUAGAAGAUCCGCUGAGAGCAUGGGCAAUCAAAUUAGCUGGUGAUCAGGGACUCCCAUUGAAGAAUGAAGUUCCUCAAAUAACUGAAAUUCUUACUGCUUCUGUUCAUCCUAGCAAUGCUGCCAGCAUAGAGGAUCAGAAUGAUGCUAUUAUGGAGAAUGAUGCCAAAUUGUGCAUUGAUGGUUCAUCUCUGCAUAAAAAGAACAGUGAUGGGAGAGAGUUGCUGUCCCAAAAUGCUACUGGUGGGAGUGCUUGGGAGAGCUUGCUUGGUAGAUCUCGAAAGAGUGCCAGCAGAACCGUAAGAGACCACAGAACUUUAUUGGUAUCGGGAGCUGAUAUGCCGCUGGAUUUUGUCAUUAAAAGAUGUGUGUUGGAUGAGAUUUCACUGCAAUAUAAAUAUAUUAGCAAGCUGACCAUCAAGUUGCUCACAGAAGGAUUCAAGUUGCAAGAGCACCUGCAGUCAUUGCGGUGUUAUCAUUUCAUGGAAGUAGCAGACUGGGUUGAUCUAUUUAUCAUGUCACUUUGGCAUCAUAAAUGGCAUGUUAGUGAAGUGAAUAAAAGGAUCCCUGAGAUUCAGGGGAUUCUUGAGUUGGCAGUCCAGAGGUCUUCAUGUGAAGGAGACCCUAAUAAGGAUCGUUUAUAUGUGUACCUGAAAGGAGAUGGAAACAGACAUCUAGCUGCUUCUGCCAAGGGUACACUUUUUAUUUUUUGUUGA